ACUACAUAGUACAUGGUAAGUGUUUCUGGUGUGUUCUAAAAUCUGGAGAAAAAACCGUGGAAAAGAGUUUAAGGCUUUAAGCUUUGUCUGUGAUUGGUGAGAGGCAAUAGCCGAAGGAGGUGAAAAUGGCGCUAUGGAUGGAAAAGGGUUCGGAGCCCUUAACCGAAAGCGAGAAGGCAGACCUUGAAGCCAUUGCUGCAAUCAAAGAGUCUGCAGCCUUUGAAUUCAAGGAAAAGGGCAACCAAUAUGUGAAGAUGGGUAAGAAGCAUUACUCUGAUGCCAUUGAUUGCUACACAAAGGCAAUUAAUCAGAAAGCCUUGAGUGAUUCUGAGACCUCUAUUCUUUUUUCAAAUAGAGCCCAUGUGAAUUUGCUUCUAGGAAAUCUUAGACGUGCUCUCACAGAUGCUCAGGAGGCCCUCAAGUUGUGCCCCUCAAAUUUAAAGGCAAUUUAUAGAGCUGCCAAAGCUUCUCUUUCACUAAAUAUGUUGGUUGAAGCUAGAGAGUAUUGUCUGAAGGGUCUUCAGUUGGACUUGGACCCCAAUAAUGAGGAAUUGAAGAAGCUUGAACAACAGAUUGGAAUUAAGAUAUCAGAAAAGGAAAAGCAUGAGGCUGAGGUCUCCAAGGCUGUUGCAGAGGCAAAAGAACUUGUGUCUGCGAUAGAAUAUAGAGGCUUGAAGAUUGGAAAGGCAGUGUACCGAGAACUUACUGGAUUACGGAAACCUGUGUUGGAUAAAAGUAAUAUUCUUCACUGGCCUGUAAUUCUUCUGUACGCAGAGGUUAUGUCCAGUGACUUCAUUGAGGAUUUCUGCGAGACUGACAUGUUUUCGGUUCACCUUGAUAUGAUAUUUGCAGAAGAUCAGCCUUUGUCAUGGGAUGUUGAAAACAACUACAAACGUGAAUUUGUAGAAUUAUACUAUGAGGCUUGUUCUGGGAUUUGUCUAUCAAAGGAAAAACUUCUUCAUUGUCUGUUAGAGGGAACUGCAGCUUCUGACAGGGAAGGUGUUGGUGAUGAAGAGAAAGAUGUAGUUGAGGAUUUUAAGCAACAUGGCGGCUCCCCUAAAUGGAUCAAAGUGAAUGAAAGGAGAACACUUCAUGACGUUCUUAAAGAGCCUAAUUUCAUCAUUCCUGGAAUCCCAGUUUUCUAUGUUGUUUCAAAGCGAUCCAGCUUUUACAGCAAGUUCAAAGCUGGAAAGUGGGCUCCUCCAGUUAUGUGAAGGAAGCAACAGGCAGGAUUUGAAGGUAUCUGAUGUCUAAACAUUCUCUUUGUAGUCAUGAGCAGAUGGCGUCCAGUUCUUCCAUCUUUUUUGACUUCCUUUUAAACCAGAGUUACCUGCUAAUUGCAACUAUUUUGGUGAGUGAAGAUUUCAAUGAUAGUUCUAAAAUACGAGGAACCUCCCUUGCUUGAGUCUGAUUCUUCUCUCUUGUAACUUAGUCACCAAAGUAUAUUUUGAUAUAGCUUGUGUUUUUUUUUGGUACAUGUAUAAUUAUUUGAUUUAUUGGUUUUGUCUAGACUUUUAUCUAGUUUUAGGUACUUAAUAUUUUUUAAUACGUACAAUAUCCUCUUUUUAUUUUUAUUUUUUUCACUUAGAUGGUGCAUUCCAGUUUCCUAUCUUAUGUGUGUGUAUAUACACCUUAUUGUUAUAUUUAUUUACACAAUGGUCCCUCUUUUCAGUC